GGAGGACCUGUGGGUGCGGGAGGGGAAGAUCCUGAACCCGGAGAAACUCUUCUUCGAUGAGAAGGGCUCUGCUGACAUCCAGCUGGACUGUAAGGACAGCAUCAUCGCCCCCGGCUUCAUCGACGUCCAGAUCAACGGAGGCUUUGGGGUGGACUUCUCCCUGGCUACAGAUGACUUCAAAUCAGGCAUUGACCUGGUUAGUCAGAAAAUCCUCUCCCAUGGAGUGACCUCUUUCUGUCCCACACUGGUGACAUCUCCUCCGUCUGUGUAUCACCAGGUUCUCCCUCAGUUCAGUAUAAGAAAUGGUGGAGCCCACGGAGCAGGUAUCCUCGGGGUCCAUCUGGAAGGACCGUUCAUCAGCAAGGAGAAGAAAGGGGCACACCCAGAGCACUGCCUCCGCACCUUCGAGGCAGGCGCCUUCCAGGACCUGCUUGCCACCUAUGGGUCCCUGGACUACGUCCGGAUAGUCACCUUGGCCCCAGAGAUGAAGAGGAGCAGUGAGGUGAUCCAGGAACUCACCAAGCGGGGCAUCUGUGUCUCGCUCGGUCACUCGGUGGCUAAUCUCUCCCAGGCUGAGGAGGCUGUGCAGCACGGUGCGACCUUCAUCACUCACCUCUUCAACGCCAUGUUGCCAUUCCACCACCGCGACCCUGGGAUUGUGGGGCUGCUGACGAGUGAAAAACGGACGGUCUUCUACGGCAUGAUCUCUGAUGGCAUCCACACCAACCCUGCCGCCCUGCGAAUUGCGCACCGAGCCCACCCCAAAGGCCUGGUGCUGGUGACGGAUGCGAUCGCUGGCAUGGGGCUGGCACCGGGUCGGCACACACUGGGUCAGCAGGUGGUGGAGAUCGAUGGACUCAACACCUACAUUGCAGGCACAAAGACCCUGAGCGGUAGCGUGGCGACCAUGGACACAUGUGUGCGACACUUCCAAGAAGCCACAGGGUGCUCCGUAGAGACUGCGUUGGAGGCAGCAUCUCUGCAUCCCGCCCAGCUCCUGGGGAUUGAACACAAAAAGGGGACGCUAAAUUACGACUCCGAUGCAGAUUUCCUGAUGCUGAAUGACAGUCUGUAUGUGCAAGCCACGUACAUUGCGGGCGAGGAAGUCUGGAGACAGGAUGCGUUAGGCAUGUGACGCUGGGCUGUCCUGGUGCCCUGCAAGGCUCCCUGGCACUGUGGUUAGCAGCUUUGGUAACCACUCCACUUCU